AUGAGUGACAACGAGCCGCGGCCCUCUUGGCCGACGCUGCGCCCAGCUGCGUCUCGCCCAAACUCGUUGGCUCUCGAGACAGAGCCGCCGCAGAAAGGCUGGCCUCUGGUGAACAAGUUGCCGCGAAAGAGUGUCGCCGUCGCAGCCUGCGAAUCGUGCCGCCAACGUAAAGUAAAGUGCAACGCCCAACGUCCAUCGUGCGCGGCUUGCCAGAAGCGAAACCUCCGCUGUCGGUACGACGCCGCCCCCUCGGAGACGCCGGGGCAAGCGCUCAAGAGAAAGUAUACCCAGCUGCAGGAUAGAUCGUCCUCGUCUGCCGCCCACAAGGUCUUUAAUAUUCUGCAGAUGCGGUCCGAAGAGGAGGCCCUCCAGAUCUUCCAUCGCAUACGGUGUGGUGCGGACCCCGAAUCAAUACUGCGCCUUGUCCAAAACGCAGACGUAAUGAUGGAUCUAUCUGUGGCGCCAGAGACGAGGUUGCGCUAUGAAUUUCCUUGGAUCACCUCCAUGCCGCAGUAUCUCUGCGCUGCCACCAACGUAUAUCUGCAGUCGCCCAUAUACAACUUUGCUUUGGACGACGAGGGCAACCAGCAGCUGCGCACGCCUUCUCCUUCCUCUGACGACCAGGAUCAACAGCACUCGCUAUUCCUCCGGCCAUACCACGCCGCGACCAUCAUCGACCCGAGACUCAACCAGAUCAAGCCCUCCGAGUGGACUAGAGUCUCGCAAGAUGACGGUCUGAUGCGAAAAAUGCUGCAACAUUUCUUCAUGUACGAAUACCAGUGGCACACCAGUUUUCAGAAAGAUUACUUCUUGGACGACAUGGUUUCAGGUAAACGGGAGUUUUGCUCGCCUCUGCUCGUGAACUCGAUUCUGGCCCAUGCUUGCCACAGUUCAAAUCGGACUGAGUAUUGGGAAACCGACACGUUGGCAAAACAGUUUAUAAGCGAAGCCAAACGUUUGUGGGCCGAGGAGACUGGCAUAAACAGAUUGACAACUGUGCAAGCUGGGCCACUCCUGUACCUCGCCUACGCCAUUUGCUUGGAAGAUAAAAUUGGAAAAUCGUACUUGAUUCAGUCGGUGGCUAUGGCGCAAGAUCUGGGGAUCUUCAAGCUCAAUGGCAGUCGCGUGGGUGGCAGGGCCCAGGACGCCAGAGAUUUUACUGCGUGGGCUAUUUAUUGCACCCAGAUUCACAACCAGUGGUAUUUCCAAGAUGCACCACUGAUGGAUCGAAGACCCGAGGUUCAUUUGCCCGACCCAACUGAUAAUCAGUAUUGGUACGGGGAGAUUUGGCUAAAGUAUCCUUCAAGCGACAGGCUUCAUGCUUGCCAGUUUGGCGACUCGUUCCGCGCUCGUACCAAUCUAAGCUUCAUCCUAGAAGAUAUUUUGUGGAAACACUUCUCCAAUCCAGACGAAAAACCAAUGUUUUCUAUUCGUCAGAUCGCAAGCUACCACAGGAAAUUGGAGCAGUGGUACAACGACCUCCCGGAGCCACUAACACCCAGCAGAGCUCUUUUCCCAGUGCACCUAAAACUCCACAUGCAUUAUUAUAACACGGUCAUCCGGCUGAUGACGGCUGCCGUCAAUCUGGGAGAGCGGUCCAUUUGCGCGGACCUGGACGGGUGGACUGCGAAAAGCACAUCUCAGGAGCUGCUAUCGGAGGCGGCCAUCUUGCUGGAGACGGUGGUGCGACUGUACUAUCUUCGCCACAGCUUCGAGCGGCUGGAUACCUUCUUGGUCCAGCCGCUGAUGGAACUGUCCAACCUUCGUCAGGCAGACGCUGCGACGAACCAUGUACUCGACAAAGAGUCGGUGUGGUCCACCGUGGUUCUCUGUGCGCAAGGGUUCCGCGACCAAGGACACAGCCACUACCUGGGGCAGAUACUGUUCCAAAUGACGAGGAACAGCGUCGCUCCCGAGAUUCAGACGGUAAUUGACAAGUAUCUCUACCCAGGCCCGCAGGCGGACGCUCCGCUCUUGCCCAGCGACGCACAGUCCGAUUGGCCGGCUACUAUUAUUAGUGUCCAGGACGACGCAAAACACCACCGGCUCAGUGUUGUUCUGCAGCGGUUAGAAGGCGCGGCCGCGGCCAAUGCGACGUCGUAG